AUGGAAAGCGAAACUAUUAGGACUAAAGAGACGGUCAAUUUUAUUGGCAAUGCAUCAGAGAGUAAUACUAAAAUACGCAACCUGGUUCAGAUGUAUGGCAUGAUCGGGCAUACCUGUUCUAUGAUCGGCAAAAUUUUCAGCCUACAGAUUCUUGCGAUACUUAUAACUUACAUGUCAUUCACAUGUGAACGAUUACUCUCAGUGCGCAACGAAACAAAUAUUCUGGUAAACAAAAUCAUCAUGAACUAUGAUCUGCCGACGACAAUGAGAGAUCAAGCUAAAGCGUUCAUGCAACUCGUGGAGGCGUGGCCGUUGCGUAUCUACAUUUACGAUAUGUUCUCAGUAGACAUAACGCUAAUGUUAAAAUUCAUAAGUGUGGCCACAACUUACUUUAUUGUAGUUAUUCAAGUAGUUCAUUUUUCGUAG